UGUAGAAGUUCAGGGAAGGUUUAAACGUUCUCCGGUCAUCGAGUUUUAUAAUGAAAAUUAUAUUACUGUUCCUUUACGUUUUCGUCGUUGACGCGAAAAAGUUCACAAGAUGUCGCCUGGCUAAAGAGCUGGUCGAUAUUAAAUUGUUUCAGAAGACAUUUUUGGGAAACUGGGUGUGCCUUAUAGAGCAAGUGAGCGAUCGGGAUACAUCGGCCCUCAAGGUGUCACCGAGUGGGAAGAAAUCCUAUGGAUUGUAUCAGAUCCCUAGUAAAUGGUGUAAGGAAGGUAAAAAAGGUGGAGACUGUAACAUUGCUUGCGAAUCUUUACUGGACGACGACAUACGAGAUGAUACGGCGUGCGCGGUGACCAUCUUCAACAAAGAAGGCUUCAAGUACUGGAACCAGUGGACCACGAGGUGCAAGAAAAACAUCGACUUCAUAACGAGAGAGAUUUAUAAAUGUCCAGGUCUGAUAAAGGGUCGGUCGAAUCGGAGGAAGGUGAGUCCAGUAACAGACCUGCCGAGCGAAGAAUUGAAGAACAGAAGAAAACAAACAAAGAACGGGAUCGAUCGCAGGAUCGGGAACCGCUGAGGAAUUCGUUGUGCUAUUCAGAAAUAAACAAUGAAUGAAUA